GUGAUGUCAUAUUACUCAUAUUUGCGGUGUUUCGAAAGUACAGCGUCGCACGUUCAGGAAGCGUUGUCCAAAACAGCGGAGGAAAACUUUAAAUUUUUUGUUGCUUUUUGUCUGAAUCGAGAAUGGAUGAGACAUCCAAAGUGAUUCAUGAUCACAACUACGACCUGAUGACAUCUCUCAUGAACGUAUGUCCUCCAGAUGAUGAAGAUCCCAUGUCAGACAUCACUUCUCCUACGCUUAGCGAUGCUUCGUCAGACUCUGGUCUUUCGUUAAGUCCUGCGCAGCUUACCGAUAACUGUUUGAACAUUGACUUUGCCUAUGACUUCAAUUCAGAUCCACUUUCUCAAACUACACUCCAUUGUCACCUGAGAAAAUUUUCAAUCCUGCUUUUAAUAUUGACGACAUUGACUUGUCCUUCCUGGAUGACUUGUCAAAUUUUGAUGCUAAAUCGAACGAUGAUUUGCCAGAGCUUGAGGACAGCAUUAUGCCUUCGCCAAGUUCUAAUGCAUUGGAUCUUGAAAGUGUUGUUGAUUUUAUUCAUGACCAAUGCAAAAAUCAAAAUGAAUUGGAAAAUAAUGGAAAGAAAUCAAUAAAUGGUGAUGUAGAACCAAUGAUCACAUCAUUGUCACAGCCUGUUACCAUUUUGAAGGCAUCUGCCAAGAUAACACCAAUCAUCAUCACAGAAAUCAAAGCUCCAACACAAACCACUUCCAAAGAAAAAUCAAAGCCAGAGCAAUUUGCUAUUACUGAAGAAGAGAAAAAAUUACUCGAAGAAGAAGGGCAUGUUUUGCCAACAAAUGUUCCUUUGACCAAGGACGAAGAGAAAUUACUGAAAAAAGUACGAAGGAAAAUCAAGAACAAGGUGUCUGCUCAGGAGAGUCGCAGGAAAAAAAAAGAGUACAUUGAUGGAUUGGAAUACAGAGUGAAGACAUGCACAGAUCAGAACCGAGCUCUUCAACAGAAAGUCAGCAGUCUUGAAGAACAGAACAAGAGUCUUCUCGAGGAACUGAAAUGUUUGAAGGAACACGUAUCGCCUUCAAAUCAUAACAAAAGACAGACGAGUACCUGUAUUCUUGUAUUGUUCUUGGCGUUUGCUUUGGUCGCAUUCCCAUUCGAAAGGAGUACAUUCCUUCGUACUCAAAGCAAUUCUGUUGCUGAUUCUUAUUCAACCAUGCCAGUACGUUCAAGAACAUUACUUGAGUACAAGGAGGACAGCGAUACAAAGUCUCAAACAACUUUAAAUAUUUCCCAUUAUCUUCGAGCUUUCAGCGUUGUAUUUUCGCACGCUGACGACAAGCACGAUGUGGACGGUUAUUCAACUUCUGCCAUUUCGUUUGAAGAAAACAAAAGUAGAAAUAAAGAUACUUACAGGGACUAUGCUUUCAGUAAAUAGUUUGCUCAUGUUUUAUGAAUUUGUUUUUUCGCUAAUUUCUUUGAUAGAAAUCGUUGUACAGUACAGACCGAAAGUGAUGUCUUUAGACAGUGGUGUAUUGGAAGAGGGGGUCAACUUCUCUGGUUAAAAUCCUAUCUCUUGUAUUGGUGUUAGUAAUAUAUACCAGAGAGUCAGCAGUAGUGGUUAUCUCGGAGAAUCUUCUUAAAAUUCAGACAAUACACCUCUGUCUUAACGGUGAAUAUCAAACUCAGGUCGUGUUGUUAGAGUUAAAGUUCACCACGAUCUUAGUUUGACUAUUUACCUUUUGGACCAAACAAUCGGAACCGAGGAUCGUUAUUUUAUAGUUAGUUAAUGGUGAAAACAAACAAAAAACAACUAGUUCAUUUUCAUCCACAUUGAUAGAACGCGUAUUAUUGUUGGAAAAAAUAGAGAGUUUUAGAAGUGCUCUCAAUUUGUAUAUACUGUAUAUAUAGCUUAAUAAUCUGAUUACAUAUGAAAUAUACUCCUUAUAAUUUUUAGUUUUAAAA